AUGUACUGCCAGAAGUGUCGGACGCCGCUGAAGCUGGAUGGCUCAUUAGAGUCGCUCAACCCGGCUGCCUUCGACUUACUCGUCAACUCGACCGGCAGGACACUUUCCGAACAUGGACCUUCAUCAUCCCGAUCAUCCUACGCCCCCGAGCGACGCGAUCUCUACGACCGGGCCUCUAGAAAUGCGACUUCUCCAGUUUACAGGCGGUCUAUCCCUGCGCCGCGCACGGGGAGCCAGUCUAACCCGGCGGGCCUCCCCCGAGCAGAUAGUGGAAAUAUGUCUUUUGUGAUGCUCACAGAGUCUCAAGUGGUGCCACCACCUGUUACUGAGGGCCCGCAAAACUCUCGGAAUCGACGAUGGAGUACACAAGCCAAUGCUGGCGGCUCAGAGGAUGCGUCGUUCUCCGACCAGGUCGAGAAAACAACCCGACUCUUUGAGAUUGUUUCGUCGCGCUCGGAUAUCGAUCACCCGAUUUGUGUGGAAUGCACCGAUUUACUGGUUGAGAGCCUCCAGAAACGACUGACGGGUGCGACAAAAGAGCGCGACGCGUACAUCUCUUUUCUUCGAAAUCUGAACUCGUCGGUACCGACCACAGAAGAGCUAGAGGCGGCAGAGAAAUCGCUGAAGGAAAGCCUCAAGAUGGAGGCGGCGGCUUUCGGGGAGUUAGAAGAACUAGAGCGGGAAAAGGCUGCCUUGGACAAAGAGAUUACGGGGUUGGAGGAAGAGUCCAGGCAGCUCGAUGUGGACGAGGAAGCUUUCUGGCGAGACCGCAACGCCUUCGCUCUGACGCUGGCAGAGUUUCAAAAUGAACGGGAUGCACUGAACAUGCGCUACGAUCACGACUCGCAGCAACUUGAGCGGUUGCAGCGGACGAAUGUCUACAAUGACGCGUUCUGCAUCGGCCAUGAUGGAUAUUUCGGUACAAUUAAUGGACUGCGCCUGGGCCGGCUGAACAACCCCUCGGUCGAGUGGUCUGAGAUCAACGCUGCCUGGGGGCAAACGGCACUGCUCUUGGCUACGAUUGCGGAGCGCCUCGGUUUCCAAUUUCAAGGAUAUCGCCUGCGGGCCCUGGGUUCCACCUCGCGGAUCGACAAGAUCGAGUACCCGCAGCCGUCAUCUGCCCAGAGUGAUCGGAGCGCCCCCAAGGUCACCCAGCUGGACCUUUUCUCAUCCGGGGACCUACCGCUGAACCUCCCCUGGCUUCACCGUCGCUUUGACGCCGGCAUGGUGGCGUUUUUGGAAUGUCUACGCCAACUGGGACACUUUGUCGAGAAGACCCCCGCUCCUGCGCCAGCUUCGCACCGGGGAGAGGCCGGGGCAACCGCGCCCGGUUUAAGUCUGCCCUACCAGAUCAAGCGGGACCGUAUCGGCGAUGCCAGCAUUAGGCUUGGAUUCAACCAAAAUGAUGAGACGUGGACGCGAGCCUGCAAGUACACGCUGACCUGCUGCAAGUUUUUGCUGGCCCAUGCCAGCAACGUCGCCAGCGCCGGCUCUGGCAACUCUGCUGCCGUAGCGGCAGCGGCCGUGGCGGCGUCUGAGCAGGCGCGGCACGCAACCAGCCCCAAGACCCGACCGUGA